AUGGCUACAACAUUUCUCAAAACCCUUGUCCUAAUCUCCUCCUUGCUCAUUUCUACCACCAUCUCUACAUCAAACUCUCAAGCCACAAUCAAGGCUUGGUGCAACCAAACCCCACACCCAAAAACGUGUGAGUACUUCUUCGCGAACAACCCUAAAUACAAAGUCCCCAUCGAGAAAAAAUCUGAUUUUUUCAGACUGUCGGCUGAAUUAGCCCUUGACCGGUGCAUGCACGUGCAGAACAGAUUUUACGCACUCGGUCCUAAAUGCCGCAACCAACGCGAAAAGGCCGCGUGGGCAGACUGCAUCGAGCUCUACGAACACACCAUUCGUAAAAUCAAUAGAACUGUCGACCCCAUGUGCACGCCGACUGACGCGCAGACCUGGCUGAGCUCUGCCCUGACAAAUCUCGAGACGUGCAGAUCAGGGUUUCAGGAUUUCGGCAUAACCGACAACUAUCUCUUUCCCUUCACGUCGAACAAUGUGACCGUAUUGCUAAGCAAUACCCUAGCAAUCAACAAGGAGGCUUCGAGCAAAUACGACAAGCCGAGGUAUAAAGAAGGGUUUCCAGACUGGGUUCGACCCGGUGAGCGAAAACUACUCCAAUCCUCCACUCCACGGGUUGAUGCGGUGGUGGCGCAAGAUGGGUCCGGAAACUUCCGAACGGUGGGCGAAGCAGUGAAAGCCAUCGGAAAACGAUCGGGUAGCGGGAGAUAUGUGAUCCAUGUGAAACAAGGGACGUAUAGGGAGAAUGUGGAGAUCGGGACGAGUUUGAAGAAUAUAAUGUUGUUGGGCGAUGGUAUCGGGAAGACUAUUAUCACCGGAAGUCGAAGCGUGGACGGAGGCUCCACCACCUUCAAGUCUGCCACGGUUGCUGUCGUAGGCGACGGGUUCAUCGCCCGUGGCAUCACCUUCCGGAACACGGCCGGCACGCAGAACCACCAGGCAGUGGCCCUCCGGUCUGGGUCGGACCUAUCCGUUUUCUACCAGUGUAGCUUCGAGGGGUAUCAAGACACGUUGUAUGUCCACUCCAAUCGUCAAUUCUACCGCGACUGUGACAUCUACGGCACUGUCGACUUCAUAUUCGGAAACGCGGCCGUCGUUUUCCAGAAUUGCAACAUCUACCCGCGGGACCCGCCCAAUCGGACCAACACCAUCACGGCCCAGGGUCGGACCGACCCAAACCAGAAUACGGGCAUCUCGAUCCACGAAUGCCGGGUCGCGGCCGCCUCGGACCUCCGCCCGAAGGUGAGGUCCGUGCGCACGUACCUCGGCCGGCCGUGGAAGGAGUACUCACGCACGGUUUUCAUGAAGACGUCGUUAGACGGGUUGAUCAACCCGGCCGGGUGGAUGCCGUGGAGCGGGAAUUUCGCACUCAACACGUUGUAUUACGGGGAGUACGCGAACACGGGGCCCGGCUCGUCGACUUCGGGCCGGGUCAAGUGGAAAGGGUAUCGGGUGAUAACGAGUGCGGCCGAGGCGGCCCGGUUUGCACCGGGAAACUUUAUCUCGGCCCGUUCUUGGCUUCCGGCGACAAACGUGCCGUUCACCUCAGCUCUAUGA